GCAAACACGCCGUGCCGCGACGUCGUGACGUCAGUGGGGAAACUCUGAACCUUGUUGACACCAGCGUCAAGACAGGAGCUGCAGGAGUAAUAAAUCUGAUCUGCCCACAAGUUUGUUAGGAACAAAAUCAGAGAAAAAAAAGGGCAAGCCAUGGCGUUAACGCAGGUGUCGUCCAAUAAGUGCUGCGGUGGAUACCAGAAAGUGUUCGAGCACGACAGCUCCGAACUAAAGUGCAAGAUGAAAUUUGGCAUCUAUCUUCCUCCUAAGGCUGAAAGUGGCAAAUGCCCAGUGCUGUAUUGGCUGUCCGGACUAACAUGCACUGAGCAGAAUUUUAUUACUAAAUCAGGAAGCCAGCGUGCUGCUUCUGAGCAUGGCAUCAUCAUCGUCACCCCGGAUACAAGCCCACGUGGCUGCAAUAUUGAAGGAGAAGACGAAAGCUGGGAUUUUGGAACAGGAGCUGGUUUUUAUGUCGACGCUUCACAGGAGCCAUGGAAGACCAACUAUCGCAUGUAUUCUUAUGUCACCGAAGAGCUGCCACGUUUAAUAAACUCUAAUUUCCCUGUUGAUCCGGAGAAGAUGUCCAUCUCGGGCCAUUCUAUGGGUGGUCACGGCGCUCUUAUCUGUGCACUGAAGAAUCCUGGGAAAUACAAGGCAGUUUCUGCUUUUGCCCCAAUCUGUAACCCAAUGCAGUGCGCUUGGGGACAAAAGGCUUUUUCCGGCUACCUGGGACCCGAAAAGUCCACCUGGGAGGCAUAUGAUGCCACAGUAUUGGCUGCCUCGUACUCCGGUCCUGAAUUGGACAUUUUGAUUGACCAGGGCCGUGAUGACCAGUUUCUGUCAGCCAGUCAGCUGCUUCCUGAUAAUCUGAUUGCUGCCUGUUCUGAAAAGAAAAUCCCUGUCGUGUUUCGACUUCAGCAGGGCUAUGACCACAGCUAUUACUUUGUGUUCUCGUUCAUCGAUGACCACAUCAAGCACCAUGCAAAGUAUUUGAAUGCAUAAGACCGAUCAGAAAACCAGCAGCGUGCUCCUUUCACAUCACCACUUUUCAUAACAAUAAUGAAAAAAAAAUUAUGUAGUGAUGAAAGUCUUCAGUCUGCCAUGUCUUUCAGGUUUAACAAAUAAAAACUUUUGAACAAG